CAACAGAGUGAGACUCUGUCUCAAAAAAAAUAAAAUUAGUUUUUAAAUUUUGAAAUAAUUAUAGGUCCACAUGCAGUUGCAGAUAUGGUACUGUAUUUACUUCACCCAGUUUCCCCCAAUGCUCACACCUUAAUGCUAACAGUACAGUAUGAAAACCAGGAAGCUGACAUUAAAACAACGUAUGUAUAGCUCCAUGGCAUCUUAUCACAUAUAAAUUUGUGUAAUCAUCAUGGUCAAGAUAAAGAAUUAUUCUGUUACCCACAAGAUCUCUGUUGUUCAAGCCCUUUACAGUCACUAACACCCUCUCAUCUCCACCAAAAGAAGUUUCAUGUAACAAUACGUACUCUUCCUAGAUAAGAUAGUUCUAUUAUUUUCUAUUUAAAUAUGGUCUAGUCUAUUUCAUUCCUGUAAAAUGCUGUCUCUAUCCUUUGAAUCGAUGUCCUAUUAGUGGAUCCUGAUCCUUAAUUUUAAACACAAUGCAAUAAAUUAAUUUCGGGUUUUCGUUGGUGCGGGGACCUGACUUAUGGUAAAUGUGAGUAACAUCACAGUUGUUCACUUUUGGUGAUCUCAAGUUUGGUCCCACUCUUCCGCAGCUUUCCCUAGGGUCGGUCCCUCCUUCGCUUUCCAGAUUUUAAACUCUCCUCAGAUUACUAAACAGUCUCCAGAUCCUAAUUUUUUAUUCCAACAAAAAGAAAACCAAUUUGCAAAAUAGAAUUCCAAUUUAUUAAUUCACUGAGAUUUUUAAUGAACCAAUAGGAUUGUUUCGAUCAGCUCCUGCUGAGAUUUAAGAAAAUGACAAUAUGACUACAGGGUUGCAUGGUAAACACAGAAACCAAAAAAACACGUAGUGAUGGUCUAUAGUGGUUUAGUCACCUUUCUCCUAUACAGCUGAAGAAUCAACUUUUGUCCUCAAAGAUCAAUUCCUGCCCUCAGUUCUUCAAUAUUGAAGAGCACUAACAAAAUUGGUACUCUUCAGCCCUCCUUUUCUUGAAACCCAGACUGGGGGUAGGAAGAAGGGGUGGUGUUAAUUUAAUGCUAACACCUGAAAUUACCUCCUGGGCUUGCGAUAAUUUUCUCAAAUUCAAUUCUGUGACGGUAUCAAGAUAACUUUCAACUAUCAGAAAGGAAAAAGGGUUUUAGUUUUGAUUUUGUAACUAUUCAGCAACAUGAACACAACACCUUUUCUUAUUCAGUGUACGAUUUUACUUUUGGCCCUUAUUUUAGGGUGGGCCAAAGAACCAAGCAAAGGCGGCUCCACUUCCACCUUUAUUCGUAUCACAUAUUACCUGGAAACACUCAGUCUUUUCUGGAUAGGCCCAAGGUGGUGAUUCACAAACCUCAGGUCUUUUGAUCACUUCCUGGGAUCUUAACAGUAGUGGAGAUUAUACUGAAUGAUCCCAAGUCCAGUUUGACAUGAGAAAAAAUGUCCACCUUUCAGCUGGGUGGGCGUGGGGGGAGAAGAAGAAGAGCUUAGAAUUCAAGUCCAAAGAUGUAGAAACAGCAGGCUCUUCCCCGUCCUGGCAGCUCAUUAGAGCCUCGUUAGCUGCCUUAAAAGCCCAUUUUAUUUCCGCAGCGGGCCCGGUGGUGAAGGCAGAAGGCUCAGUCCGUGGGCCUCCACCUGCUCCCCUGGCAGCGCAAACCGACCCCACGCAGCGGUGGCCACUAGCUGCCCAAGACCGGCUCGCCGGGCUCAGGCCCGCGUUGGCCGCCCCUCGGGGCCCAGCGCCGGGUGCUCCGCCUCCCAAGACCGGCGGCGGCAUGGCGGCCAGGCAGAUCUGGGCACUGGCGGGUCCCGCGCUCUGGAGGCAACCUCCCGCCGCCCCACAGCCAGCACCUCUCUGGGUCCGAGCUGGGUUCCGACAGCAGCUCAGUUUAACCCUCUACUCUGCUAACGAGGGAAACUGCGGCAGCUCCGCGCCCGGCACGCCGAGUAGGCCGGAGAGAGCGGCGAGGCCUUCGGUGAGCGAAGAGUUAACGGUGGCGGAGCGACGGAUCGCAGAACUGCACGCUGCCGCCUGCGCGGCUGGCCAGCUAAACUAUGUGGAUCCAGCUACUGGCUAUGUGGUGCUCACACAGAUUGCCCACUUGCAAAGAGGUGAAUGUUGUGGCUCUGCUUGCAGACAUUGUCCGUAUGGUCAAGUCAAUGUUAAAGAUCCAUCUAAAAAGAAGCAAUUCAAUUCAUAUUUUUAUGUUUGACAACAAUUUCAUCUCUGUUCUCUAACUGUGCUUGUAUUUUUUAAAAAAAUAAAGCCCUAAUUCAGAAUUGCUGGGUUAUUAGUUUUGAACACUAGUUUAAUCCUAAAUACAUAUAUUAAAAGAACAUCAAUAAAAUGAAAAAGCUAA